AUGGGAGCCAGCCGGAAGCUCCAGGCGGAGAUCGACCGCGUCCUGAAGAAGGUCCAGGAAGGCGUCGAGGUCUUCGACGGCAUUUGGAACAAGGUUUACGACACGGACAAUGCGAACCAGAAGGAGAAGCUGGAGGCGGACCUGAAGAAGGAGAUCAAGAAGCUGCAGCGGUACCGCGACCAGAUUAAGACGUGGACGCAGUCGAGCGAGAUCAAGGAUAAGAAGGUCAGUGCCUCUUAUGAGCAGUCUCUGGUGGAUGCCCGAAAGCUCAUCGAGCGUGAAAUGGAGAGAUUUAAGAUCUGUGAGAAGGAAACAAAGACGAAAGCAUUCUCUAAAGAAGGCCUUGGUCAACAACCUAGAACUGAUCCAAAGGAGAAAGCUAAGUCAGAGACAAGGGAUUGGAUAAACAAUGUGGUUGGCGAGUUGGAAACCCAGAUUGAUAUUUUUGAAGCCGACAUUGAGGGGCUUUGUGUGAAGAAAGGAAAGACGAGGCCUCCUAGACUGACACAUUUAGAGACAUCCAUCGCUCGCCAUAAGGCUCAUGUUAUGAAGUUGGAAUUGAUUUUGAGGCUGCUGGAUAAUGAUGAAUUGAGUCCUGAGCAUGUUAAUGAUGUCAAAGACUUUUUGGAUGACUAUGUGGAACGAAAUCAGGAUGACUUUGAUGAAUUCGGUGAUGUAGAUGAGUUUUACAACUCAUUGCCAUUGGAGAAAGUGGAAGCUCUUGAAGAGCUGGUUACCUUCGGUCCUCCUGGUCUCUUUAAGGGGACACAAUUUCUGAGCUUGAAGAGUUCUCCAAUUGCAGCAGCACCUCACCUGGUGGAUACUACUACAACUGCUCAUCAUCAAGAAGGUUCCUUGGUCCAAGAGAAAGUUGAAGACACAAGCUCUAAAGAUGCCAAUUCAGAUAUUACUGCAGCAAUUCAGCCAACCAAAACUAGUACCAUAACUUGUGCCGUUUCAACACCUAUGGGAACUCAUGCUGAUUCUGUUUCAUCAAAUAUUCUUUCUCAUAGCCCAUCUGGUGUGUCAACUACUUCAACAGUUAUUCCUGGUCCUACUCAAGUUUGUAGUGUCCUGGAAAAUGAAGGUUCUGCCAAUUCAUCUACUUUAAAUUUUUCUACUUCUGGCAAGGAGGAAGAAAAUGUGAACUUCCCGGGUCGCCAACCAUCUCCCUCCCUUAAUGAGGCUGGGAUUUUGAGUGGAAUGGCUGGGGGUGCUCUAUCCAGUCAAUUGUCAUCUAGUAUACCUUCAGCCAACAUGCUUUCGGGUAGUGGAACCAAUAUUUUGGCCCCUUCUACUUCAGACAUAGCAAAGAGGAAUAUUUUAGAAGCUGAGCAAAGACUUGGAAGUAGUGGAACAAUGCAGUCUCUAGAGUCCCCCUUGGACAAUAGAAUCUUCUUCCCUCAGGGGGUGAAGGCUAAUGAAGUAAAUGGAUUUGUUGAUUCUGGUAGUGGUGCUGAGGGUUCAUCUAUGGCUGGCAGGAUUUUUUCACCUUCUAUAGUUACUGGCAUGGAGUGGAGGCCUGGAGUUUCUUUUAACCAGAAUCAAUCGGGGCACGCCCGGGGGAGAACUGAAAUAGCCCCUGAUCAAAGGGAGAAAUUUUUACAGCGUUUUCAUCAAAUGCAGCAACAAGGUCACAGCAUCUUUUUGGGCAUGCCUCCCUUGGCUGGAGGAAAUCAGAAGCAGUUUUCUGCACAACAGCAAGGCCCCCCCUUGCAGCAGUUCAAUUCUCAAAGCUCAUCGAUCUCUCCUCAAGUCAGUAUAGGGCUAGGAUCACAAAUGCCAGGUCUUAACAAUGUAUCUGGCUUGGCUCUGCAACAACAACUGGGUUCCAUCCAUCAACGGUUCAGUCAGCAAUCUUUUGCUCUUUCAGGCAUGCAUCAUGCAGAAGUUGGCAAUGGGAAAAUUCAGGAGCAGCUGGGGGAGCAGAAUCUACCUGAUUAUUCAGGUGCUGAUUCUGCUGUUAGGUCUGGAGUGGGCAAGAAUACAAUGAAUGAGGAUGAUCUGAUAUUCCCACAAGCAUCAGAUGCUGGAUUAGUGGGCUCUUUUGCAGAGCCUGCUCAGCUUCUUAGAGAUACUGACCUAUCCCCUGGGCAACCUUAUCAGCCCACUCAACCUUCUCAAAACCUGGGAUUUAUUGGGCGAAGCAGUAGCUCUGACCUUGGUGCUGUUGGUGAUAAUUUUGGUUCAUCAAGUUUGAGUCAUGGAGGCCAUCGUGAUCAGAUAUACAAUCAGGCAAUGCUUGAGGCUGCGUUUUAUAACCUUCCUCAACCAAAGGACUCAGACAGGGCAAGUAGUUAUAUACCUAGGCGUCCUGUUGACACGCCUCCUAGCUUUCCUCAAGUACAAGCGCCCAUCGUGAAGACAAAAGCUUUUUGGGAACGAUUAGGCAGGGACCCUUGUUCUGUGGAUACCCUUUUCUUUGCAUUUUACUAUCAACAGAAUACUUUUCAACAAUCUAUGGCUGCAAAGGAGUUGAAGAAGCAGUCUUGGAGAUAUCACAAGAAACACAACACAUGGUUUCAGCGGCAUGAGGAGCCAACAUUUGCCACAGGUCAAUAUGAACAGGGGAGUUACAUUUAUUUUGACUUCCAUGCUUCAGAAGACAACACGCAGCCUGGAUGGUGCCAGAGGCUCAAGAAGGACUUCACAUUUGACUACCGUUACCUUGAAGAUGAUAUAAUGAUAUAG